AGGAAAACCCAAUGACUAUUCUUAUUCGAAUCAACAUGGAAACGGCGGUAAUGCUGGCGGCAACGGUUCAAACGCAGGCAGUGGCGGCGGUGCUGGAACGGGUAACGGUCUUGGCAACACGAUAGCCAAUGGUUCGAGUCAGAACGGAAGUCCCGGAAGUGGAGGCAACGGCGUCGUCAAUGGAAACAGUAUGGGCGUCUUAACAGGCGCAGGUAAUAACAGCGGCAGCAGCGGUGGAGGCGGAAGUGCUGGUGGCGGCGGAGUUGGUGGUGGUGGCGUUGGUGGUGGUGGAACCGGUCGCACGAACUUUACCAAUAAGCAAUUGACGGAACUCGAGAAAGAGUUCCACUUUAAUAAAUAUCUAACUCGUGCCAGAAGAAUCGAAAUCGCGGCUGCUCUGGGACUGAACGAGACGCAGGUGAAAAUCUGGUUUCAAAAUCGUCGCAUGAAACAAAAGAAACGACUCAAAGAGGCUCAAGGAACAACAGGUGCCAACGGCCCUGGAGGUCUGGAGAACUGUGCCUUGAUAACAGACAGACUGAAUGUUCCAACUAUGGCACUUUGUAACGAGAGCAGAUGAUCUGAGCAAAGACAAUCACCAAGACGUGAGAGAGGUACAGAUAGAUAAACAGAGAGAAAGAGAGAGAAAGAAUGAGAGAGUGAGAGAGAGAGAGGUAGAGUGGAGUGAAAGAGAAAAGUGGUGAUGGUGGUGGUGUGAUGGUGGUGGUAAGAUGGCCGCCGCGAGAAGAGGGGAAACCAAAUGAAAGCGGAAGUGGGGAGAGAGAUAAAAUAUAGAAAUUAGGAAGGGGAAGAAAAAGAAGAAGAAGAAGAGAUAUGUAUAUUCAGAAUUAUAUAUACAAGUAAAGAAAGAAAAUGGAAAUGGUGGCGAGAAGAGGAAGAAAGGAUGCAAAGUAGAAAAGAAUGAGGUUAAUAAUGAAAUGGUGAUUUAAAGGAAAGAAGGAAUAUAAAUAAAGAAAAAAAAGGAAAGAAAAGAAUAUGUAAGAGAAAGAGUAAUUCUACAAAAAUAUGAAUAUAUGACAAAUAAAUACGGGGUACAGCAAACGCUAAGAGGAGUGAGUGAGAAUGUUAGAAUGGCGGAGAAAGAGAGGUUGUGAUUGUGAUAGAGAGUGAAGGAGAGAAGAUCUGUGUGUGCAAGACAGAGAAAACAUAAAGGAGGUAAGUGUGAGAACGAGGGAGAGAAAGCGUGAGAGAGAGAGAGAGAGAGAGAGAGAGAGAGAGAGAGAGAGAGAGAGCAAGAAGGGGCAAAGAAAUGAGGGUGUGUGUGAGAGCGAGAGAGAGAAAAGGGUAAAGGAGAGCGACAGAGUAAGAGAGAGUGUAUGUGUUAGUGAGACAGAUAUAUACAUAUAUAUG